CCAGUGAGGAAGCAGCGCCAGUGGUGACGUUAUGGCGACUGAGGCGGCGGGGCUGGCUGAGGCGCUUCGGCUGCAGGCGGACAUGGUGAGGCGGCUGAAGCAGGAGCAGGCUGGCACCGAGGAGGUGGCAGAGCAGGUGGCCAAGCUGUUGGAGCUGAAGGGGCGGCUGGGCGUGGACGAUGGGCGGCCCCGCUUCCUGCUCAAGACCCCUAAGGGCACCCGGGACUAUGGCCCCAAGCAGAUGGCCAUCCGGGAGAGAGUCUUCAGCACCAUUAUCAGCUGUUUCAAGCGUCAUGGGGCCGAGGUGAUUGACACCCCUGUGUUUGAGCUAAAGGAAACCCUGACUGGGAAGUAUGGGGAGGACUCAAAGCUCAUCUAUGACCUGAAGGAUCAGGGGGGAGAGCUGCUGUCUCUUCGCUAUGAUCUGACUGUGCCUUUUGCUCGUUAUUUGGCCAUGAAUAAAAUCACCAACAUUAAACGCUACCACAUUGCUAAAGUUUACAGACGGGAUAACCCAGCCAUGACAAGGGGCCGCUACCGGGAGUUCUACCAGUGUGAUUUUGACAUUGCUGGCCAAUUUGACCCCAUGAUUCCUGAUGCUGAGUGUCUGAAGAUAGUGUAUGAGAUCCUGUCUGCACUCCAGCUUGGGGACUUCCUCAUUAAGGUCAAUGACCGGCGCAUUUUAGAUGGGAUGUUUGCAGUUUGUGGAGUUCCAGACAGCAAGUUCCGGACCAUUUGCUCCAGUGUGGACAAACUAGACAAAGUGAUGUGGGAGGAUGUGAGGAGCGAGAUAGUUGGAGAGAAGGAGCUCUCGACUGAGGCUGCAGAUUGCAUUGGGGAAUAUGUUAGACUCCAUGGUGGGCUGGACCUGGUUGAACAGCUGCUCCAGGACCCAGAACUCUCCCAGAACAAGCUGGCCAGGGAGGGGCUAGGAGACAUGAAGCUGCUGUUUGAGUACCUGAUGCUAUUUGGCAUUGCAGAUAAGAUCUCCUUUGAUCUGAGCCUGGCCCGGGGUCUGGAUUAUUACACGGGGGUGAUCUACGAGGCUGUCCUGCUCCAGCAGCAAAAUGACCGUGAGGAGGAGCCAGCCACUGUUGGCAGUGUGGCUGGAGGAGGCCGCUAUGAUGGGCUGGUGGGGAUGUUUGAUCCCAAGGGGAAGAAGGUUCCCUGUGUGGGCGUUAGCAUUGGAAUUGAACGGAUCUUCUCCAUCCUGGAGCAGAAAAUGGAGGCUUCCAAGGAGAAGAUCCGGACAACAGACACACAAGUGCUUGUGGCGUCUGCUCAAAAGAAACUCCUUGAAGAGAGAUUGAAGCUCAUCUCUGAGCUAUGGGAUUCUGGGAUCAAGGCAGAAGUGCUAUACAAGAAGAACCCCAAACUGCUGAACCAGCUGCAGUACUGCGAGGACACUGGGAUCCCUCUUGUUGCCAUCAUAGGUGAGCAGGAGCUCAAGGAUGGAGUAGUCAAGCUGAGAGAUGUAGCUACCAGGGAGGAGGUUGAUAUUCGUAGGGAAAAUCUUGUUGAAGAAAUCAAGAAGCGAACAUGCCAGCCCUGAAGUCCUCUCAGCCACCCACAUCUGCUAGUCUGUUGGAUUUUGGUUGACGGAAGGAUUUGCAAAGAUUUCCUCCAGUAAAUGCCAAGGUUCUUGGCUGCUUUGCUCAUAACACAUCAGAAGGUUUGGGGGUUGGAAGGUUGCUUUGAAGCCAUAUUUAUUUUAUUGUGGAACUCCUUUUCCCCAGGGAGCAGAAAUGCUGUGUUGUCUCUUUUUAAAGCAUGGUCUGCCCCUGAGCAAGUCUGGGGGUGAGCUGGAGCUGACAUUCCCUGAGACUGGAGAAUGCCAGCCUCCUGUCUCUGAUCAUUACUGCUGCUUGGCAGAGCUGUGGAGCCCUGUGCCAUCGGCAAAUACUGAGCAUCUUGGUCACCGCGUCAUGUUCCUUUCAUGUUAAAUAAAUGUUCUUAUAGCAUUCCUUCCAAGGCUGGAGGGAAAUGAUCUAGUCUCAAAUGUAAUAUAAAAUAUUCUAAGCAAGUUUAAUAAACCUUAUGAGUCUCA